GGCCGGGCCGGGAACCGCCGGGAAACGCGGCCUGGGGCCGGGGGAGCGCGGCGUGUCCGCCUCGGGAGGGUGCUGAGUGCGAGAGGGCGGGCGUGGGAGCGCGGGGAGGCCGCCGGGAGCGUGGCGGCUCCGUGAGACGCGGGACGGGCAGGGCGGCAGCGCCUCAGCACGGGCGGCGGGCAGGGGCCGCUCCCAGCCUGCCGAGGGUCCCGGGGCAGCGCGGGGGCCCGUGCGGUGCGGCCUCGGCCUCCUCCUGCAGCGGCCUUAGGGCAGAGAGGAGCUCGGUGAGGCCGUCGGCAGCGGCCGGGUGCGUUGGACAACUGCUCGGAGUUGCCGCCAAUGUUCGAGAAGUUGAUUUUGGGAUUGGUUGGUUGGUUGGUUUUUUUCAAUUAUGGCUUUCCUGGUAAAAGCUCGGAAGGAGGGUUUCUGGGUGAGGUGGUUGGACGUUGGAACCCGAAGGAAGUGUGACCGUCUCCAUCCUCGGAGAUGUCCAAACGUGGCAGGAGACAGGACAGAGGACUCAGCUGUCGGAUGCAGCCUGGAAAGUGGAUCAGCCUUUGGAGUCAGCUCUGCUUUGAAAAGGCAUUAGGACCAGAUGACUUCCAGAAGUUUAUUCCGGCCUAAAUUGUUCACAGAGUUUAAAACUUUGUUGGUUAUGGCUGUAAAAACUUGCAAAACCGACAGAGCUGAUUUCCUGUUAGGCUUCUAUUGCAGGUACCCCGGCAGCUGGUUGCAGGCAGCUGCGUGUGUGGGGAGCUGCAGGGGCUCCUCGGUGCAGGCUGGGCAGCGCUGCUGUGCAGGGGGAGCUGCUGAGGGCUCCAGAGCUGCAGUCACUGCUCAGGGGACAGCUCUGGCACUCCUGGCUCCAGAGGGUCUCCGGGCACUUCUGGGGCUGGCAGCAGCCUGUGAGUUCGGGAGUUGCUGGGCAGGGUAGGGAGGUGAAGAGCAGUUUGUGUCCCUGCAGGGGGAGAGAAAAGAGUGCACAGAAACGUGCUUGGCUUUGUUGGAUAAACAGGGAUUACUCCAUAGGCCUUGGUUUCUUUUCAGAUUGGAGCUUUCUCUGAUUAUGAAUAUUUCUUGUGUUAAUGCUGGACGAGUUCCUGGUGGUUCUGGAGAAUGUUCAGUGAAAGCAGCCCAGAAAAUCCAAGCAGUGAAAUUGUUCAGCACUGAUCGAGUUGCAGCUACUGGGAGUAUAAUUUGAAAUAGGACAGUGAUAAAUAAUAGCGUUUUAAACAGUUGAUAAGAGAACCAAAUGCAGGUUUAUGGAGGUAUGGACAGGAAACUCAGAAUUUGCUUUCCAGGAUCUUUUACAGACCCAGUUCAGGGUCUGUGAGAGAUUGAGGGCCAAAGGGAUGAACAAACUGAGCCAGUAACCCCGGGAGAUCACAGUGCAGUGGUGGGACAGCACAGGCUGCUACCUGGGCAUGAAUGCAAGUAGAGAGGUGUGAGGAAGGUGAUGAGGUGUGAGGAGGAGUGUUUGGGUUUGACCUGUGGAUCCAGCACUGAUCCAUACUAGAAGGAGUAAAUCCAGAUGUUGGUGUUCUCUCUUUUACUGUGUUUUAUAUUCCUCUAUAUAAAGGUGUGUUAAAAACGAGACUAGCAUGGCAGUGGGAUGGGGUUCUUGCUAAUUCUCAGAAGUACCUGAAUAAAUCUUGUUCCUUAGCUUUAUUUCAGAACAGCCAUCCCAGCAACAACUGCUUUCCUUUAAUAAUGGCGUGGCCACACUACCUGCAGCCAGCUGCAACCCAUUGUGCAAUGUAAAUAUUUGCAAUUUAAAUACAAUAAAUAAAUCAGCAUUCAGAACUAAUGCUGAAACUGUCACCUGCCUAACAGCUGGUACUUCUGCAAGUAGAAAAGGAGCUUAGAAUACAUUUCAACAUGAUUUGAUGUCACCUUAGGAUUUCAAAACCUAUGUGGAUCAAGCUUGUAGAGCUGCAGAUGAGUUUGUCAACAUUUACUAUGAGACAAUGGACAAGAGAAGAAGGGCUUUAACCAGACUGUAUUUGGACAAAGCAACAUUAGUUUGGAAUGGAAAUGCAGUGUCUGGGCAAGAAGAACUAAAUAAGUUUUUUGAAAUGUUGCCAUCAAGUGAAUUCCAGGUUAAUGUGUUGGACUGCCAGCCUGUUCACGAGCAAGCUACUCAAGGCCAGACAACAGUCCUCGUGGUGACAAGUGGGACUGUCAAAUUUGAUGGGGAUAAGCAGCGCUACUUCAAUCAGAACUUCCUGCUGACGGCACAGGCCACCCCCACCAACACCGUGUGGAAGAUCGCCGGGGACUGCUUCCGCUUCCAGGACUGGGCCAGCUAGCAGGGCCUGGCACGGGCAGUGACCUCUCCUUUGGCACCACCAAGGCCACUGUGCAGGCGGCUGCUCCCACGCAGGGAAUGCACGCGCUCUUUGUGUUGCAUCUGAUGUUAUGGACGGUCUACAGAUGUUUCGGGGUUGAUUCCAGUGACCACAGCUGUAGUAAUAAAAUGUGAGAGGUUGCUCGUGUUAGUUGAAUUUAGUCAAGUGCUGACGGCAGUGAGCUGUAUUCGAAUCAUUCCUAAAAUGCCUUACAUGCAGCUGUGCUGCCACUGCUGAGUGCUCAAACCGUUCUGUUUGAACACAGAAUCCUAUUCGUAUACAAUUCUGACCAAACGUAAUUUUUUUCAACUUGAAAAGAUCUGUUUUUACAGUAUCAUCUUCUCUCUUUUGAAGAAGAUGCUUGUGGCAUGAAGAUUUAAUUUUGAAGGCUCCCUACUCCCAGUUGUGAGAGGCUGGGAAGGAUUGCUGUGUUAGUGAAAGGAGCAAAUACAGCUCCAGAGUUUGUAACCUCUCAGUCCAUUGGAAAGGUAAUGUUUACCUUCUCUGAUGCCAAAGGACCAUAUGUCUUUGGGUUUCCUUUCAGUCUGAGCUUCCCAGACUUUGGUUGUUAAUUCCAUGGAUUCAUAUGUAGGGCAUGCUGAAUGAUUCGGAGCUCCCGUGCCAGUAAUUCUUCACGUGCAUGUGAAGGACUUCAAACUGAUUAUUUUUCUUUUGAAGUCUUACCAUGGCCUAGAAAUAGGUCACAUACAUGAUUUCUGUUGGCUUUAGUUCUGCAUUCUGUUGCUAUGAGGUUUGGAUUAUUUUUCUCACAUUAAGUCUGCAAGUUUUGAAUCCUUUCUGUCUUUUCAAGAAACAUUGUAGUUUAAAAGUGGCACUGAAAGUGUGCAUUACUGUGAAGCCUUCAAUUUUUCUCAUCAGUACUGUUACUCAGAACAGGUGCUUGCAUUAUUUUCAAUUGAGAACAGCAGCUCUGCACCACUAACACUAUCUUCCUCUCAUGCAGAUUUUUACUGUAUUUUUUCAUGUUCUUUUUAAAAAUUGCCUUUAAUUAUUGAUUCUCUAGGGGGGUUUGUGUGUUUUGCUUUAAAUUUGUAGUUUAAAGCUUCCAGCUGCUUUGAAACACUUUUCAAGACUGUAAGUUAAGAGUCCACCUUAACUUUGGAACUUAAGAGCAAAUCUGAUAAUCAGCAGCUUUGUUUUAAACUGGUGUGUUUCUGUUUUAAGCUGAGUAAAACAAAAAAACAAACCCAAAAUGUAGCUUUGUAGCUGUAGCUGUAUCCCUGAGCAUAGCCUUGCUUGUAACUGAAAGUACAGGAGGGGAGCUUGUAACUCUCAUCAUAACCUACGUCUCAGUGACAGCAGCAGUCUGAAAGCAGUUAGAACUGCAGCUCACUUGUUCAGUGACUUAUAUGGAGAAAACUGUGAAAAUGAGCAAUAUCUCACCUGGGUAAAACUUCUUAAAGCAUCUGUAGUUUGCAAUGUAGUCCCACAAACAAUGGGAUGAAAUGAGUGGCUUUAUUUCCUUUUCAGGCCCUCUAGUCUGUACACCAGUAAGUUAGAAUUAGUAACCUGUCUCUGUUCAGAGGCUGUUUAUGAUCAGAACUAUUGUGUACCUAUUUUCAGGCUGAAGAAUUUGAAUUCCUGCAGAAUAGUGCAAGAACAGAAUUUUUGAAAAGUGUGUAAAUAUUGUAAAUACAUUGUUAUUUCUGUAUGUAGUGAAGAGAGGAUCAUUCUAUUUAAUUACUGUUUGUUCUUAAGAGAAUAUGUGAUGUUCAUAUAUUUGUAUUUCCUCUAGAAGAUUGAAAAGAAAACAUAACCUAAGCAUGCCUGUAACUGGUACAGCAUUGUUGAGCUGUGACACUGGCGUGGUGUAUUCUGCUGGCUGUUUAACUUGCUGUUGAUUGUGUAAGUGGUGUUACAGAUCUGCUUUGCAUACACAAAACAGGUGUUGCCUUUUAAAAUGCAGCAAUGGGUGCAGCUGUGGCAUUGGCUUGUUGGACUUCGAAGGCGGUCACCAGAACACACACUUAUCAGUACCUGAUAAGCUUGUGCUGUGAAUAAAUACUUAUUGGAUAUUUUUAUCCAAGUUUGAAUUUGUAUAAUAAUUUUUAAGCUUUUUCUAGGCAGACUGGGAGAUUCAAAAUAUGUGAGGCAAUGUUUCAAUCAAUCAGAGGUUAUUCUCAAUUAUUUUCAUGCUAUUUAAAUGCAAGCUGCUUUUAAAUCUGACUUUUGCAAUUAAUAUAAAAAAAAACCAAAACUGACCAAACAAAAAACCCCACCACUACUUGGAACAUGACUGAGGAAGAUAACUAACUGGCCUAGCUGGACAAACCCAGAAAACUCCUGCUUAGUAAGAUCUGUAGAUGGAGUUGGAGAGUAGGACUUGGUAUGCAUACCCAGGGGUUUUGUAGGGAAAUUCGUUGGAACACAAUUGCUUCAGGCAAGGGAGAGGUGCCAGUUACUCCUGCCUAUUUCCAUCAUCUUCAGUGAGUCACUUGGGUGAUUCAGAACUACCAUAAUUAGCUCUUGCUCUUUGUAACUGAAAAUGCUGGUUUGCAAAAUAUUUUUAUUUAUUUUAUACCAAGCUAUUAGAGUCAAGUGAUGGUUUUACAAUGGAGUAACUAAUGGUACAAACAAAAAAAAAUCUCUUUGUUACUAGCUCUCUGCUGCUUGUUAAUAUUCUGUGCUGAAAUUAGCAGAAAACACAAAAAUGUUUUCAUUUAAUUCUGUACAAACCCAUCCAGCUGGUUUAGUGUGACCAUUGCUGACUCUACUGCAAUACCCAAAAUUUACUAUGGGCAUCUGUAAAAUGAAUAUGUUUGUGCUCCAAACACUGAACUGGAGUUAAUGCUUCCAUUUUUUCGUUUGAGACCAAAUUACUCCUGUACAACCAGUCAGUGAAACAAAGCCAGCUGAAGAGCUAAGCACUUCCACUAUGAAAUUGUAGCAGCUGAAGGCUUGAGAGAUCUUCUCUUUUGUGUAUGUUCCUUGUAUUGUCUAUAGCAGUCACUGCUUUUCUGUUGCUUUGUUUGUUUGGCAUACUACAGUUUGAUUGACUUAAAAUGCCCAUGUUGGAGAAAAGGGAUUUGUACUGAUGGUAUGAAUGGUUUGUUCUGAUAUGCCUGUGCUUCCUUAACCUGUCUGGAGAAAAGCACAUUAUAAAGAAAUGCUGUUUUAUCAGUAAAAUAACUUUCCACACUUGAAUAUAUUUUGUAAGUUUUUGAAAUUGUUUGAGACCUCUUGUAAGAUUAAUUUUCAAAACUCAUACAACCAAACAAAAAAAAAAAAAAAAAAAAGAAAAAAAAACCACCAAAAAAAAACCCCAAACCUAGCGGUUGCUCUACCUUUUUUUUUUCUUUUAUUAUUACUAGAAAUUUUCAUAGCUUGUUCUUAUGAUAUUAAAAGUACAAGAAAUAAAUUGUGGCUUCCUUAUCUUUA